AGUCGUGAGUUAGAUCAACUAACACCCCCGACAGUUCGUUCGAAAAAAAUCGGGCUAAUUUUUCCCUGUCAUCUCGUCGAGAUGAUGGUCUAUGGCCGAGAAAGAUAACGGGGGGCAAUGUUUACUGGCAGCCGCGGCCUGCGAUUCGUGAAGAAGAAGCGAGCGACGAAGAUAGAAAAUCUUGUGUGGGGCCCCCGGACCUAACCUCAAAUUCGCGGGUUUUCGCCUGUCUCCUGGUUUUGCCUGCGCUAAACGGGCAGCUGUCCAGAGAAAAGUCAACCACGACAGCUGAAGCGGCCCUCGUCGCUGAAGAGAACGCGACUCGCAGCAGUGAAAAUCGUCAGCCGCACAUGUGGAAGGCCUGGUUUACAAUUAAAUUAGUUGUGCUCUGCGGAACAAGUAAUUAGAAGGAAAGUUUUUCUGAAGAUUCAAGCUCAUAGCUAGAUGAAAUUCUUGCAGUGAGAGAUGACAGCUACAGCUAAUACUGAUCGAUUGAAUUCAAAUGCAGGAUACUUGAAGCAUAUUCAAUGAGAAUCUUGAGGCUGCAAUAGAAGGGGAGCAGCUGUGAGAGAGACGGAUAAGCAAUGGAUCACCUACAGGAGGUGCGUCAGCUGGAGCUGCUGUGCAAGCAGCUCUACGAGUCCCAGGAUUCCGCGCAUCGGGCAGAGGCAGAGAAGGCAUUGGUCAACUUUCAAAACGCUCCUGACACCCUCACCAAGUGUCAGAUGCUGCUGGACCGCGGGGACUCGGCUUAUGCACAACUGCUGGCCGCCACGACGCUCACUAAACUCGUCUCCCGUUCUGCUCAAGGAUUAAGUUUGCAGCAGAGACUUGAUAUUAGAAACUACGUUCUCAACUAUCUAGCAACGCAGCCGAAAUUGCCUAACUUUGUUAUCCAAGCGCUAGUUACACUUUUCGCGCGUAUAUCAAAACUUGGGUGGUUUGAUUCGGACAAGGAUGAGUUUGUUUUUAGAAAUGUAGUCAGUGAUGUUUCCAAGUUCCUUCAGGGAUCAGUUGAGCACUGCAUGAUAGGAGUGCAAUUGCUUUCCCAGCUUACAUGUGAAAUGAACCAAAUAUCGGAAGCUGAUGCCAACAGAUCACUAACAAAACAUCGGAAAAUAGCCAGUAGUUUCAGAGACACACAAUUGUUUGAAAUAUUUAGAUUGUCAUGUUCACUGUUGGGAACAGCCCGUGAAAAUUGUAAAAAUUUAAAUUUUAAUGACGAAGCACAGCAUGGAUUAAUGACUCAACUCUUAAGACUCGCACAAAAUUGUUUAACUUUUGACUUCAUUGGCACUUCAACUGACGAGAGUUCAGAUGACCUGUGUACAGUACAGAUCCCAACAAGCUGGAGACCCGCAUUCCUCGAUUUUGCGACUUUGAAGUUAUUUUUUGAUCUAUAUCACAGCCUACCCAAUACCCUAUCUUCUCUUGCUCUUUCUUGCUUGGUUCAAAUAGCCUCCGUCAGGCGCAGCUUAUUUUCCAAUACCGAGAGAGCCAAGUUCCUAACUCAUCUGGUGAAUGGUGUAAAGCAUACAUUGCAAAACCCUCAGGGCUUGAGUGAUCCAGGAAACUAUCACGAGUUCUGCAGACUAUUGGCUCGUUUGAAAAGCAAUUAUCAAUUAGGUGAACUGGUCAUGGUGGAGAACUAUCCAGAGGCCAUCCAGUUGAUAGCCAAAUUCACGGUCCAGAGUCUGCAGAUGUGGCAAUUCGCCCCGAACAGCGUACACUACCUCCUUAGUCUGUGGCAGCGUAUGGUCGCCUCCGUGCCUUAUGUCAAGGCUACCGAGCCCCAUCUUCUGGAGACCUACACACCCGAGGUCUCCAACGCCUAUAUUACCUCGAGACUCGAGUCCGUGGCGGUGGUCGUAAGAGAGGGCUUGGAGGAUCCUCUCGACGACCUCGGCAUGGUGCAGCAGCAGCUCGAGCAACUUUCUGUGAUCGGUCGAUGUGAAUACCAAAAAACGUGCACGUUGCUGGUCAACCUUUUCGAUCAGGCCGCGAGGACGUAUCAGGAACUGAUGACCCAAACUGCCUCGCCGACCCAACAGAUUGAUAUUCUUAUUCAGGAGGGGCAGCUAACCUGGCUUGUUUACAUCAUUGGUAGUGCCAUAGGUGGUAGAGUGUCAUUCAAUAGUAAUGAGGAACACGAUGCGAUGGAUGGAGAACUGGUUUGUAGAGUGCUCCAGCUUAUGAACCUUACCGACUCCAGGUUAGGGCAAGGGGGCUGUGAAAAACUCGAGUUGGCUAUGCUAAGUUUCUUUGAACAAUUUCGAAAAAUAUAUGUGGGUGAUCAAGUACAAAAGAAUUCCAAAGUCUAUAGGCGACUGUCUGACGUUUUGGGUUUGAGUGAUGAAGCAAUGGUUCUUAGCGUGUUUAUUAGAAAAAUAAUAACAAAUUUGAAAUACUGGGGAAGAAGUGAACAAAUUAUUUCGAAAACUUUACAGUUAUUGAAUGAUUUAUCAGUUGGUUACACUUGCGUGCGCAAACUCGUCAAGUUGGAAGAAGUGCAGUUCAUGUUGAACAAUCACACAAGUGAGCAUUUUCCGUUCUUGGGCAAUAGUGUGGCUGUGACAGAAAUGCGUUGUAGAUCAAUGUUUUACACUUCUCUUGGCAGGUUACUAAUGGUUGAUUUAGGAGAGGACGAAGAAAGGUUUCACACGUUCAUGCUUCCUCUCACAGCUGCCCUUGAAAGUCUUGGUCAAUUAAUGGGGGCAGCUGACACGCCGUUAUUCGCCGCUGAGGAAGCAAAGAAGGCUUUGAUUGGGUUGGCCAGAGAUUUAAGAGGAUUGGCAUAUGCUUUCAAUACUAAAACUUCGUACAUGAUGUUAUUUGAUUGGAUUUAUCCGAAUUACACGCCGAUUCUGUUGCACGCGAUCGAGCUCUGGCAUCACGAGCCCCAGGUGACGACGCCCGUUUUGAAGCUUUUCGCCGAGUUGGUCCAAAAUCGCAGCCAGCGACUGCAGUUCGAUGUCUCUUCACCGAACGGCAUCUUGCUGUUCCGCGAGGCCAGUAAAGUGAUAUGCAGUUACGGCAAUCGCAUUCUGGGCAUCGAGGUGUCCAAGGAGCAGAUCUAUUCCCUUAAGCUCAAGGGCAUUAGCAUAUGUUUUAGUAUGCUUAAAGCUGCGCUCUGCGGCAGUUACGUUAAUUUUGGCGUGUUCAGGCUCUACGGCGACGAGGCCUUGGACAAUGCGUUAAACACUUUUGUCAAAUUGCUGCUCAGUAUAUCGCAAAGUGACCUCUUGGAUUAUCCGAAACUGUCUGUGACAUAUUAUGGAUUAUUAGAAUGCCUGGCACAGGAUCAUAUGGCUUUUCUGUCGACUCUCGAGCCACGCGUGUUCUUGUACAUUCUGUCGAGCAUCAGCGAAGGCCUCACGGCACUAGGUGCGCUUAAAGACUCCUUCACAGAUACAAUGAUUUGUAAUGGUUGUUGCGUAACUCUAGAUUAUAUUGUAACAUACUUGUUUAAGCAGCUCUAUCAAAAAGCUGGUAUAUAUCCCGGCAAAAAGAAUGCAAUCGUACAAAGCGGCGGGGAUUUGUUCUUGCAAGUUUUGAAACAACAUCCCGAAAUUCUGCAACAAAUACUAAGUACUGUUCUAAAUGUGAUAAUGUUCGAGGACUGCAGAAACCAGUGGAGUAUGUCAAGACCUCUUUUGGGUCUUAUACUUUUGAAUGAAGAAUAUUUCAACCAAUUGAGGGAGAAUAUUAUAAGAAGUCAGCCAGUAGAUAAGCAGGCGUCAAUGGCACAAUGGUUCGAGAAUCUGAUGGAUGGCAUUGAAAGAAAUUUACUCACGAAAAAUAGAGAUAGGUUUACACAGAACCUUUCAAUGUUUCGAAGGGAUAUUAAUGAUUCGUUAAAGGGACCUAGCAUGAACUCGGUGAAUUCGGGUAGCGACAUGAUGACAUCGUAGUGCCAUUGCCACGGUAUUCACCUCCUCGACGAAUCCCCUAGGUUCUUGCCUGCCAAAAUACUUGAAUGGGUGUACGGCGAACGCUAAAGAGAGUAAAAGUGAGAGAGCGACAAAAAGAGAAAGAGAGAGCUCUCGCCUUUCCUGUGAAGGCUGUCAAGAUCGAAAAUUCUUUGCAGUCAGCAACAUUUUUACGUAUCUUCUCUGGUCAGAAAAUUUGGAUGACAAUGUUUGAGAAUUACACUUAAAUCACAUGUAUCUAUAAAUUAUUUAUUUAUUAUUGUGUGCUAGGUAGAUGAAAAAUUCAGUCAUGUAGAAUAAGUAUCAUCAAAAUUUCUAAACAAAACUAAUUUUCACAAUUAAAAUGAAAAAAAAAAUCAUGAAAGCAUAACCAAAAGGUUUCAUAUGAAUUUAUUUUCUGACCAGAGAUUAAUUGUAAUUAUAUGAGAAAUGAAAUUGCUCGCGUAGCUUUCACUUGACAGAUGCUUGAUCGCCGAUCUUUUCAAUUAUUCUAAGUGUCUAUGCUUUUAUAAAAUCGUUAAAGUUUUUUGCAUCAGAUGAUAACACGAAGCAAUAGGACUAGUGCGUUUUCAAUAUUUUUACGCGCAGUCGAAAGGAUAAGCGAUAAAUUGUAAUGCUAAUGGGUGAAGUAAAAAAGAGGGAAUGUCCGCGUCAAGGAUAUUCGAGCCAAGAUGUCACGCUCUGCAAGUGUAAAAUUUCUAUGCAAUGGACUAAUGGCUUUCAAAGCUGUUAAAUAUAGAUGUCCUCGUUCAGUCAAACUGCUGUAAGCAAUGUAAACAAUUGUAAAUGAAAAAUAAUCAUUGAGUAGUGUGAAUCAAGAAUGUGUUAUACGUUAAAAAUCUAUGAGCAGAAUGUCGAUAUAAAGUUUAUACAAUAACCCUUAACAUCACACGAUAUGAGAAUACUUUGAUUCUUUGGAUGCUUUAGCGAGUCUCUUUGUAGACUUUAUAUCUAUUAAUCACGCAUGUAGCUGUGUUUAGCAUCAAUAUAAUUCAGAGUUGCAAUAAAUCAUAUAGUUUGAGGCCAUGCAUUCCUACAUACUAAAAAAAAUUGCAGCCAGUCUACGAAUCUUUUAAUUUUCAUAAACGAUAAAAAUUGUCAUGGCUUCUAUUGCUUGGUUAAUUAAACGAUCAAUUUAUAUGAAAUGGAAUGUAAAGUGGAUUACCUGGAAUAGAAACAAAAAAUUAAAAAUCAGUCGAUAUAAAAGGAAAUAGAAAUUAUAUAUUCGGGAGUAAUAUUUCAAGUAUUAUUUGCUUUUCCUUAAACAAGAAAAAACUAAAUCAGUGUAUAAUCUGUGUUCUUCUGAUAUUCGUGUUUGAAUGUUGCGUAAUUUUCACAGGCUCGUGUAUGCAAAGUGUCGUUGAAAAUGUCUUUUGGCGGUGACGCCGUGAAGGGGGUGGAUAAAGAUGCAGAAGAAACUUGAAUUAUAAACGUGUGUCGUGUACGAGCUGUUGCAUUCCGCAUCUCUGGAAACGAUUUAUCGUCACAAAUACGUGAAAAGGAGGUGGAUGAACAGAUGGAAGAAAUUAUAGAAACGAAGAGACUCGUCUUGAUUUUCGCUGUGCGAAUGCUGUAGCAUGCUUUGUUGUAUUAAAAUUUGAAGGAUACUGACAAAAUUUUCUGUUUCAUCGCUGUUUACAAUUUACCUGAUAUUCCCUGUGACUCUGAUGAACUUGCAAAAGUAUUUUAUGUAUAGUGCAUUGUAUGUUUAUAUUUUGUAUGUAUCAAAGUUGAAUUGGGCAUGGUUAUGAAGGACAAAAAUUCUGAAUGAUUAAAUCGAUAAAGCAAGCGAUUUUGUCAGUAUGCUAAGAAAUUUUUAAUGGAAAACGAGUACAAUCAAAAAAGAGCGACGUAUUACGUAGAAGCACAAAAACCUAAAAGUGAAGCAGGAAAUAAAUAAUCAACCAAUCAGUAGUCGAUGGAUUAAUCGAGCCAACGAUAUGUUAAGCGAUUUCGCAUUUGUAAAAAACAGUUAAGCUUCUCUAUUGCAUCAUUAUAAUUUUUAAGAGAAUAAAAAAUUUAAAUAAAUGAGCCUGUUUUUUUUGGCUUCACUUUUACGCGCAGAAUUGGAUAAUGCGAAAAGUAUACGUCUGUCUUCUUUGGUGAAAUGACCUCUUGGUGAUAUUUUUGAUAGCAACAUCAACUGCAAAUUCAAAAUGACGUUUCUCUAAGUUAAAUACAUGAAAUGCUUGUCUUUGAUUUUCUUCGACAUCCAGUUUCAGUGAUAUUGUUUUGAUAUACAGAUUUUAACAAGAUUUAUAGCUUACCUAUUGGUACAUUUACUGAGGCUUUUAUGUCUAAUUAUAAUAUUUUUAAAUAUUAAAAAUCAUUUUUGUCAAUUUAUAACAAUUCUUACAAAGCUUGUAUAUAACUAAUUUACAUAUUUUCAGUCGUACAGAUGAAAUAAUUUUUGGUCUAGAUAAAUGCUGAGUAAAGAAAGUGAUGUUUAAAUAAUUAUAAUUGUAAAUAUAAAUUGGAUGGUAUGAGCUUUUCGAUAUUGAUAUAAUUUAAAUAAAAAUGAAUGCUUGAAA